AUGCAUAUUCCGUCUUUCAGCCAAACCGCCACGAUCGGCAUGGCUUUCUACGCCAUCGCUGCCGUAGCUGCACCGGUAGCCCAGCCAAUCGCUGAGCCUGGGUUUGAGACAGGUGACCUUAUCGAACGUGCUCCUGAGGCAGCUGUAAUCCCACUCGCCUUUAACCCUGAUUGCUCUCCCUUCUUGGCCUCAUUUCCCCUCAUAAGUCACUUACUGACUAUUUGCAACAAUGGUAGCCUGGUGUUGAUUUACCGGUACGACUCCCUCUCAACCCUACGCGACGCCAUCGCGGCUCGCGAUGAACCAAGCGAAGGAUCACAACUCGAAGCACGCGAUGACAAGAAACAGAACAACCAAGAUCAAUACCAUAAUAACAGCAAAUGCAAGCGCGGUAAGGGAGGCGGCAGAGACGAGGGUUGCGACUACGGCGACUAUGGAGGCUACGGCGGUGGCAAGGGAGGCGGUGGAUACGGCGGUGGCGGCUACGGAGGUGGUGGGUACGGUGGUGGUGGAUACGGCAACGGAGGCGGCUACGGCAAUGGCGGUGGCUACGGCCACGGCAAAGGCGGCCACGGUCUUCAGGGCUCCGACGAGGCAAAGAGCGAUCAGAAGGACAACGACCUCGGCAAGCGAGAUGAGGCCGGUCUUCCCGGUGAAGAUAAGAAUAAGGAGGGUGGAGUUGAUAUCCUCAACAACAAGGGCGGCGGCGGUGGCUACGGAGGAUACGGCGGCGGAAAGGGUGGCGGAUACGGCGGGGGCGGAUACGGUGGAGGUGGGUAUGGUCACGGGGUCGGCGGCUACGGAGGCGGUGGCUACGGCAACUGCAAGGGUGGAUACAAGUGCGGCGGAGGGUACGGUGGUGGAGGGUACGGCGGCGGCGGAUACGGCGGCGGAAAGGGAGGCGGAUACGGUGGUGGCUAUGGUGGCCAUGGUCACUAG